AUGGCAAAACACCUUGUGGAUCUCUACCAAAAAUCAUUUAAGGGAAAGGUAAAAGUGGAGACAAAUUUUGCUGACUAUGAUAGUCCAAUUGAUGUGACUCAUUUGGAUGUAUCUGAUUUCUUUGCUGAUCCAAAUAGAAAUAUUGACCAUUUGAUUGGGGAGUCGGUUAUUAAGCGUCUACAACUUAUUGCAUUUGGUUGUGAACCUGAUAUUUCUUACCUACGGGUCUUUGAUUGUGCUGUCCAAGUUCCUAUUUCACCCCCUUCCCUCCCCCCUACAAUAAAAGUGACAAAGUCAUAUGCUCCAGUAAAAAAUAUUCCAGCAAAGAUUGAUGUUUAUGUAGGACAAUCUAUUGUGCACUUGCUCGAGAAAAGCUUUGAAACGGAGAACAAGCUGGAGCCAGAUCGCAAAACUCAGCUGGCUAAGAAGCUAGGUCUGCAGCCGCGGCAGGUGGCGGUGUGGUUCCAGAACCGCCGUGCACGAUGGAAGACCAAACAGCUCGAAAGGGAUUAUGAUCAACUCAAGUCCUCAUAUGAUUCUCUAGCGUCCAAUUAUGACUCCAUUCUCAAAGAUAAUGAGAAACUGAAAGCUGAGAAUCACAUAGAAAUUUUUUAA